UAAGCCUUCCUGCCCUCCCCUCACUCCCGCAGCCGCCGCCGCCCUCGAACUCGAAGCCCGUCGCCUGCGCCUCAUCCCCGCCGCGUCGCCGACCCUCGCCGCCGGUCUCCUACCUCCGCCACUAUGGGGAAGACACGUGGUAUGGGAGCUGGGCGUAAGCUCAAGACCCACCGCAGGAACCAGAGGUGGGCUGACAAGGCAUACAAGAAGAGCCAUUUGGGUAAUGAAUGGAAGAAACCCUUCGCCGGAUCAUCUCAUGCCAAGGGCAUUGUUCUGGAGAAGAUUGGUAUUGAGGCCAAGCAGCCGAACUCUGCCAUCCGUAAGUGUGCUCGUGUUCAGCUGGUGAAGAACGGCAAGAAGAUUGCUGCCUUUGUGCCGAAUGAUGGUUGCCUGAACUACAUCGAGGAGAAUGACGAGGUGCUGAUUGCUGGAUUCGGUCGUAAGGGUCAUGCCGUGGGAGAUAUUCCUGGUGUCAGGUUCAAGGUUGUGAAGGUGUCUGGUGUGUCGCUGCUUGCGCUCUUCAAGGAGAAGAAGGAGAAGCCAAGGUCUUAGAUUGCUUUUUAUAGGCAAGAAUGGAGUAGACUGUCGAGGCUCUGUUUUUUAAACUUAAGUUGUGCUAGCAAUAGAGCUGUUCAUUCGGGGCUUUAUCUUUUGUUAGCAUUACAAUCGGGAGUUUUGUUUCCGUUUUGAAGAUAUUAAUAUUGCAUCGCCUGUGCUCCCAAAGUCUCUGUCUAUCCGAGCUGCAUCUCUUGGUGUUGCA